GUAAUCCGAGAAGUAGGAAGUGCUUUAGUCGCAGAAGCAGCAGAAGAUGGCUCAGUUUGAGGAAGUAUCUCAAAAGUCCAAGCUGCAUCCGAAGCCGGAGGGCCUUGCGUUGCAGUAUGGCACAGCUGGAUUCCGCACUCACGCCAAACAUCUGGAUCACAUCAUGUUCCGCAUGGGGCUGUUGGCAACUUUGAGGUCCAAAAAGACAAAAUCCACCAUUGGAGUCAUGGUGACCGCUUCUCAUAACCCAGAAGAAGACAAUGGGGUGAAGCUUACUGACCCCAUGGGGGAGAUGGUGACAGCGGUGUGGGAGGGAUACGCCACACAGCUCGCUAACGCCGAGCAGGACUCUCUUCUCAAAGAACUGAAGGACAUUAUCGAGAAAGAGGACAUCGACAUGAGCGAGCCUGCAAGCAUCUACGUCGGCAAAGACACCAGACCAAGCGGUGCUAGUCUCUCUCGGGCUGUACUGGAUGGCGUUUCCAGUUUGGGCGGCAAAACUCAUGACUAUGGUCUGGUCACCACUCCCCAGCUGCAUUAUAUGGUGUGCUGUUGCAACACGCACGGCUGCUACGGCAGUCCCACUGUUGAGGGCUACUACCAAAAACUCUCACAGGCUUUCCUUCAGCUCACCCAGAACGCCUCAAACCGCACAGAUGAUCAGAAGAGGCUUCUGGUGGAUGGAGCCAACGGCAUCGGCGCAUUGAAGAUGAGAGAAAUGGAGCCGUUUCUUCGCUCCAAACUGCAGGUGGUGCUUUCGAAUGACAGCAGUAGUGGGAAACUCAACCACAUGUGUGGAGCAGAUUACGUCAAAGUCCAGCAGAAAGCGCCUCAAGGUAUGAAUAUGGGAGUAGGUGAGCGCUGCUGCUCGUUCGAUGGUGAUGCCGAUCGCAUUGUUUACUAUUACACCGACUCCAAAGGCUGCUUCCAUCUGCUGGACGGAGACAAGAUCGCUACUCUCAUCAGCAUGUUUUUUGCUGGUAUGUUGCAGGUUUUGUUUAGUAAAGCAGCACAGAAACAGAUUCAGGAGCUGGUGAAAGACCCAAACACAAACGAUGAGAGAAAACGAGCGGUGAAACUCCUGGAGAGCACAAUCAAUCUGAUCAACCAGACGGUGGGAGACGCAAUCUUGGAUAUGCUAGUGAUUGAAGCAGUGUUGGCCAUCAGAGGGAUGUCUGUGCAAGACUGGCACGCAAUUUACACAGACCUGCCCAACCGCCAACUUAAAGUCACGGUGUCAGACCGGCGUGUUAUAGAUACAACAGAUGCAGAAAGGAGGGCCGUGACUCCAGAGGGUCUGCAGGACGCCAUCGACUCGCUUGUUAAGAAAUACAAAACCGCUCGGUCCUUCGUUAGACCGUCUGGAACUGAAGAUGUGGUCAGAGUCUAUGCUGAGGCUGACACACAGGAAAAUGCUGAUCGUCUGGCUCAUGAGGUCAGUCUGGCUGUGUAUCGUCUCGCUGGAGGAGUCGGAGACGAGCCAAAACCUUUACACUAAUCAAGCAUUCAUGCAAGCAGUCAGUCUGAAUCCAUCCAGUGAAAUAUAUGAAUACUGUAAAUGUACAGUAGACUAGUAUUUGUUGCAAAAUUGUUUUGAAUGUUUUGGGAGAUGACGGAUGUUAAUAGUUUACUCUUUGUACUGUAUGAAUGACCAACAAUCUUUAUAAAUGGAAGUGUAUGAUUAUGUUAAACCGUGAUCUGUGUGAGCCUUUGUUUACACUAAUUUAAUUACAGAAAAAUCAAGUUUUGCUAUUUUUUUUUAAAUAGAUUAUUGAUUAUAGAAGAAAAUAUCUUUCAAUUG